UGACUUACGAGGUGUUGUUUAGCCGGGGUAUGCCCACACCGAGACACUAUCAAGGAGAGCUGAGCGCCUCGUCGACAGCCCUAUCUGUUGCCAAGCCACUGUGAGCUGCGCUCCUCCGCACGCUAGCCCACGCUUGAAUAAAAGGCCUCUCGCGCCAGCCGCCGCUAAUUGGCAAUUACAGGCGCCGGGGCCCUCAAACGGGCCACCGAGGGCCUCAUUGAACUCCCGCAACACCAAAGACAAGCCGCCGCCGCGCACUACGACCAAAGAUGUCCACGCGCCGCAACGCCGGCACGCACCCGCACUACUCGCAUAGCAGGGACCCGAACCCCGUGAAAGGCGCCUGGCAGCCCGACGAGGAUGCCCGUGUGAUUGAAUUAGUUUCUAAACUCGGAGCGAAGAAGUGGUCUACCAUCGCCGCGCAUCUACCGGGUCGAAUCGGCAAGCAGUGUCGGGAGCGGUGGCACAACCACCUCAACCCGGCCAUCUCGAAGGAGCCCUGGACGGAGGAUGAAGAUCGCACUAUCCUCGUGGAACACGCGCGCGUGGGCAACAAGUGGGCCGAGAUCGCGUCGAAACUCCCAGGAAGGACAGAUAAUGCCAUCAAGAACCACUGGAACUCGUCGAUGAAGCGCAAGGUCCAGAAGUAUUUGUCUUCUCGCGGAUACUCGGGCCAUCCGGGCGACGAUCAACGGUUCGAUUUGCACGACGACGUCGAAGGAUGUUUGGAAGCUUGUCGCGCGAACUACACGGGCAUCCAGCCCGUGAAGCGGCAACCGGUGGCGAGGCAAGUUUCAGUUUCUCCGACGGAUCCUUUAGCCAUGUUGACGGCAGCAAAUGCCUACGCGGAGCCCAUCGCCCGGGCGCCGCCCAAACAACGAGGAAAAAGGAAGCGCGAGACCAGGAGACCCAUCGUCAUGACCAAGGCCGAGAUGCGGCGCGCGGCGGAGAAACGAUCCAAGGAGCGCCAGGUGCCCGCUAGUCCCCUCUCGUCGUUGGCGGUGGCGGCGACGGCGCAUUCUUCACCGGGCGGCUUCGACGCGCUGGUCUUCGCGACGUCUCCGUUACGAGACAUCGCGUCGGCGGGUCUGGCGACGCCAACCUCCCGAGCGGGGGGCAAGGUCGACUUCUCGCCCGUGUUUGACUUCGGGGGCGGCGGCUCGGCCUACUCGUCGCCGGCGGUCCAAAAAAUGCCCCUCAUCUAGUAAAAAUA